AUGGCCGCCAACACCAUGGGCAACUACAACCGACCGUCUCUUGACGACGACGACAUGAUUGACCCCGAUGAUGCCGAUGUCAACGACUUUGAUGACCCCCUGGAGCCGCAGUCAUCCCGCCAACCGUUGUCCGGCAACAUUGGCUCAGCGUCGUCGGUGUCGCGACCCCUCGACGAAGGUCUGACGUCGAGAUUCCCGGGUGAAGACCGAAGCGCCCCGCAGAAUACCAUUGAUGAGACGGUGUGGGAGACGUUAAGGCGCGACCUGCUAGCUGUGUGGGCCAAGCUGCGCGAAGUGCUCUACCCUAAGUACCUCCUCGGCGGCACCAUGUUUGACGGUGAUGGCGGCCUCCGUGGCGCCUACUCGAAUAUUCGCGGGGCGGGAAUCUCUGGUACCAGGGAGGAGCUGACCGGUCUGGCCAGUCGCGUCAUGGACACCGAAGCCCUUCUCCAGAGCAACAUGACCCCCGGCCUUCGUGACUGGGACCUCUGGGGCCCCCUCAUCUUCUGCCUCCUCCUGAGUCUGCUCCUCAGCUUCCCUCACGCCGAGCAAAAGGACGAGGUUUUCAGCGGGGUAUUUGCCACCAUCUGGCUCGGCGAGGCUCUCGUCACGCUCCAAAUCAAGUUGUUGGGUGGUAACAUCUCCUUCGCGCAGAGCGUUUGCAUAAUCGGGUAUACGCUGUUUCCUCUCGUCAUUGCGGCCCUCCUGUCUGCCUUGGGACUCCACUGGAUCGCUAGGAUACCCGUCUAUCUUCUGCUCGUUUGCUGGGCGCUGGCUGCUGGUGCCAGUAUCCUCGGUGGUAGCGGUGUCGUCAAGAACAGGGUCGGCAUUGCCAUCUACCCCCUCUUCGUAUUCUACCUCGGCCUCGGAUGCCUCUGCUUCAUAAGCUGA